CGUUUUAUGUUGGGUUGGCAGUUGCAGUCAAAGAGUACGAUAAGUGAUUGCAGUUGUUGUUAGUAGUGGUUGUUUUCUUGUGGUGCUUGUUCCCCUAUACUUAUUAUUCUCUUGCUAAUUAACUAUAAUAAAAGAAUUUAAAAGUAAAGCACUAGAUGAUGAUUUUAAUGGUAUUGGAUACUCAUGUGUGCUCUCGUUGCUAUUUACAAUUUAAUUGGAAAGUGGUAUAAGCUAUUUUAACUGUGUGAUUACUGCUGUGAACUUAAAUUAAUUGGCAACCUGUGAAACGUAUCGAAAUGUCGUUUUUGCGAGGCUCAGAAAACUAUGUGUGGUGUACGACAAGUGUCCUGGGAAAAGGCGCCACAGGCGCGGUGUUUCAGGGCGUCAACAAGAACAACGGAGAACCCGUCGCAGUCAAAACGUUCAACCAGUUGAGCCAUAUGCGCCCCCAUGAUGUUCAGAUGAGAGAAUUUGAAGUUCUCAAAAAGGUGAAACACGAAAACAUUGUAAAACUUCUUGCCAUUGAAGAGGAACAAGAAGGCCGAGGGAAAGUUAUUGUUAUGGAACUGUGCACUGGCGGCAGUUUGUUCAAUAUACUCGACGACCCUGAGAAUACGUAUGGCCUUCAAGAACACGAGUUUCUCUUAGUAUUGGAGCACUUGACUGCCGGCAUGAAGCAUUUGCGGGACAAUAACUUAGUACAUAGGGAUUUAAAACCAGGCAAUAUCAUGAAAUACAUCAAUGAAGAUGGGACUACCACUUACAAACUCACUGAUUUUGGAGCUGCUAGAGAAUUACAAGAAGAAGAACAAUUUGUGUCUUUGUAUGGCACCGAAGAAUACUUGCACCCUGACAUGUAUGAACGAGCAGUGCUCCGCAAACCUGUAGGCAAGAGCUUUGGAGCCACUGUUGACCUCUGGUCUAUAGGAGUUACGCUGUACCAUGUGGCCACAGGCCAGCUGCCCUUCAGGCCAUAUGGAGGUCGGAGGAAUAAGGAAACUAUGUUUUACAUCACCACAAAGAAGGCAUCCGGAGUUAUUGCUGGAACUCAAACCACUGAGAAUGGUCCUAUAGACUGGGCCCGUGACCUGCCAUCCCAUUGUCAACUCAGCGUAGGCCUGCGUAAACUUGUCACACCACUGUUAGCCGGCCUGCUGGAAGUAGACCCUCACAGAAUAUGGACUUUUGAAAAGUUCUUCUCUGAAGUUCAAAUAACUACUUCGACUACACCAGUACAUGUGUUUCAUGUCAACAAGGCAGCAAGUAUCAAGGUAUUCCUGAAGCCGGAUGAGAAGUACGAGCACUUGCAGACGUACAUCUGCGAGCAGACGAGCGUGGUCGCCGAGUCCCAGAUACUGCUCUACAAGGACCAGUUGAUGCAAACUGUUGUCGACGACAACACGCUGGGUAAGGAGUACCCGGAGACGACAGCGGAGGAGCCGCUCAUACUGUUCAAUAAGAACAAUAACAACGUCAGCAUGGCACCGGAGCCCGACGUGCCCAAGUUCCCCGUGUUCCCAAACAUCGUGUCCGUCGAGAACGACGCCAGCCAGGCCAAGACGGCGUGCAGCGUGGGCCACGUCAUCAAGCGGCGCGUGGAGGCGCUGUGCGCGGCGUCCGUGCUGUGCGGCGCCUGCGUGGCGCGCUGGACGGCGCUGCUGGGCGCGCGCCUCGCCCGCGUGGCCGCGCGCGCCCAGCAACUGCUGCAGCACGCGCACCUCGCACACACGGCCGCGCGCGCGCUCGACCUGGCGCCCGGCGCCGGCGCGGGCGCGGGCGAGAGCUGGGCCGCCGUGGCGGGGCUGGUGGCGGCCGAGGCGGGGUCGCUGCGCGCCGCGGCGGCCGCGCUGCUGCAGCGCCACGCGGCGCCCGCGCUGCGCGCCGAGUUCGACGCGGCGGCGCGCCUGGCGCCGUGCCCCAGCGAGCUGCGCCUGCACGUCAAGGCCAAGACUCUCGUGGACAGACUGCGCGACUCGUGGCAGCAUCUGGUGCGUGACCGCGCGACCAGGUCGCUGACGUACAACGACGAGCAGUUCCACGUGCUCGAGCGCAUCACCGUGGCAGAGACCGCGCGCCGCGCCCGCGCCCUCCUGCAGCGCGCCGCGCCCCUCGCACGCGCGCGCGCCGACGCCAUCGCCGACUGGUACAAAGUGGCGCAGACAGUGUACCUGCAGACGCAGAUCCUGGACAAGGACGUGUCGAGCGCCGAGCUGAAGCUGCUGACGCUGGCGGCGCGCAUCCAGGACGCCGAGCACUCGCUGCGCCACCAGCUCUCGGAGCAGGCCGUGGUUAACUCGUCGAAAGCAGACACAGGCGGAGAGAAUACGAGGGAAGCGGGAGGGAACGGCCAGAGGAGUACCGGAGCGGGCGCCGUGGGCGCGCGCGGCGCCGGACUGCGCGCGCUGCUCGCCGCGCACGGCGACCUCGCCGCCACCGUGCGCGCGCACUCCGCCACGCUCGCACACCUCGCCGACCUGGCCGCGCAGCUGCAGCCCUAGCGCUGCGGCCGCGCACGGCGACCUCGCCGCCACCGUGCGCGCGCACUCCGCCACGCUCGCACACCUCGCCGACCUGGCCGCGCAGCUGCAGCCCUAGCGCUGCGGCCGCGCACGGCGACCUCGCCGCCACCGUGCGCGCGCACUCCGCCACGCUCGCACACCUCGCCGACCUGGCCGCGCAGCUGCAGCCCUAGCGCUGCGGCCGCGCACGGCGACCUCGCCGCCACCGUGCGCGCGCACUCCGCCACGCUCGCACACCUCGCCGACCUGGCCGCGCAGCUGCAGCCCUAGCGCUGCGGCCGCGCAGCUGCAGCCCUAGCGUUGCCCGACAACAUACACCUAAAGCUGGGUACUCACCUACACUUUUACUCGAGUAAAAUCCACGGCGCGGGCUUUCAUCGACACAUUUACAACGAUUAAUUGAAAUAUUAAAUCAAUGAUAUUUUAUUCCAAUCUACAAUUUGCAACGCGCUCCUGACUUCACUGACAAUUUUAUGUCAAACUUGCGCCGCGCCGUAGAGUAAGUGAAACAAUCAUGUAAUCUUUGGUAAUAGAUAUUGUGACACAAUAAAAUCUUAAAUAAUAUUGUUUCUACCAUCUAUUGCAAAUAAUAAAAUUACCGAUAAAUUAGGUACUACAACAUAUUAAGUUAUAAAAUAUUCACAAUAACAACGUCACCAAAUUACCAAUGCAAGUAUUGACCGGCCGGACUGUAUCUCUGUAAACUACGAAAAAUUAGAAAAAUGUCGCAUGUAAUAUUAGCUCGGUCAUUUAGGUCACGAAGCAUAAUGGAACAUACUAACGAAAGAUCUUAAUGAAAGUAAAUUUAAAACUUAUGUUAAACGUGGAUUAUGUAAACAGGCAUACUACAUACUGACAGUUUUUUUUUUAUUAGAAAAAUGUAUCAGAGAAAUUGUAAACAAACCUAUAUUUACCUAUAUUUUUCGUUCUUCUCCUGUCUGUUAUAAAUAUUGUGACGAGCCCACUACCGACUAAUGGUGUAUAAAGUAUGAACUCCCAACUACCAAAAAUGUACUCCAUCCUAUAGGUAUAAGUAGUAACGACACGUUGUAUGAUUUGAAACAAUGUUAUUUCAUAAUAAUAAUUUAUUAUAAUAAUUCA